AUGGCUGCUUCAAUCCCAUUCACAGGCCUCAACUCCUCCCGGGUGAUUCCCAUUCCCAGUCAGCCAUACCCAUCUUCCCAUUUCCCCUCAAACAUGCUAAAGUUUGCACCUUUCAGAACCCCUUUUGUGUCCUGCUCUGCCACUAGGGACCCUUCCUCUGUUGUGCCAUUGCAGGAACACGACAAUUUGGGUAAUGGGUCGGUUGUGCUCCAGAGACCCGAUUCCUUCGGGAGGUUUGGCAAGUUUGGGGGGAAGUAUGUCCCUGAGACUCUCAUGCAUGCCCUCACUGAGCUUGAGGCUGCCUUUCAUUCCCUCACUGCUGAUGAGCAGUUUCAGACAGAGCUGGCUGGGAUUCUGAAAGAUUAUGUUGGUCGAGAGAGUCCUCUUUAUUUUGCUGAAAGGUUGACAGAGCAUUACAGGAGACCUAAUGGUGAAGGGCCUCAUAUUUAUCUGAAGAGGGAAGAUCUCAAUCAUACUGGGGCUCACAAAAUUAACAAUGCUGUUGCCCAAGCUUUGCUUGCAAAGAGUUUGGGCAAAAAGCGCAUUAUUGCUGAAACUGGAGCUGGUCAGCAUGGAGUUGCCACUGCUACUGUAUGUGCUCGAUUUGGCUUAGAAUGCAUUAUUUAUAUGGGUGCACAGGAUAUGGAAAGACAGGCUCUCAAUGUUUUCAGAAUGCGUCUACUUGGUGCUGAGGUGAGAGCAGUUCAUUCUGGGACUGCUACACUCAAGGAUGCUACGUCAGAGGCUAUAAGGGACUGGGUGACUAAUGUAGAGACAACUCAUUAUAUUUUGGGUUCUGUUGCCGGGCCGCAUCCAUAUCCAAUGAUGGUCAGAGAGUUUCAUGCUGUGAUUGGCAAGGAGACCAGAAAGCAAGCUUUGGAAAAAUGGGGAGGGAAACCAGAUGUUCUGAUUGCAUGUAUUGGUGGGGGUUCAAAUGCCAUGGGACUUUUUCAUGAAUUUGUUGAUGAUGAAGAUGUUAGGUUAAUUGGUGUAGAGGCUGCUGGAUUUGGCCUAGAAAGUGGCAAGCAUGCUGCAACUUUAACAAAGGGAGAAGUUGGGGUUCUGCAUGGAGCUAUGAGCUAUCUGUUGCAGGAUGAUGAUGGACAAAUAGUUGAACCUCACUCUAUUAGUGCAGGGUUGGACUAUCCUGGUGUGGGUCCGGAACAUAGCUUUUUGAAAGAUUUAGGACGUGCUGAAUAUCAUAGCAUUACUGACGAAGAAGCAUUGGAAGCUUUCAAGAGAGUUUCACGACUUGAAGGCAUAAUUCCAGCGUUGGAAACAUCUCAUGCAUUGGCAUAUCUUGAGAAAGUGUGUCCAACCCUUCCCAAUGGAGCCAAGGUUGUGGUUAACUUUAGUGGCAGAGGUGAUAAGGAUGUUCAAACUGCCAUCAAGUACUUGAAGGUUUAA